CAAUAUUUUGAUCAUUGGGAAGAACAAAAAAAUGGAGAGAUAAAAAAAAAACAUGGGUGAGACAAGAUUAAGAUUCCAUAUUAUAGAAUUCAUAUAAUUAUAUUUGGACUUGAUCUUAUGAGUUGACAUUUGUACAAACAUUAAAGCUUUCACUGUCUCCCAUUAUUAUAUAGUACUCUAUAGUACCUUAUUACAUAAGUUGAAUUUUAAUUUCAAGAUUUCAAUUGAAGUUGAAUCUUUCCAAGUUCAGACCAUUUCUUUCUCCUUAUUUUCCUCUAAAACUCUACAAGGUAGAUGACCAAUAUUCAAACUAACAACACUGCAAAACCCAAAACUUUUUUUAAAUUCUCUCUUCUUUUUUUCCUCUGCUUUUUAUGGAUAGUCUCAAAUUAUGCAAACCCCAGGACUUAUUUGUCAUAAAGUCACCUAAGCAAUCUUUGAGAUUGGUCCUCUUAGUAUUUGCAGUGGUUUGUGGAAUUUACAUCUUGUCAAUGUGCACAAACCAAACAAGUAAUUAUCUUUCACAAGCUAGAUCACUAAGCAUCCAUGUGAUUAACAGACAUAAUUGUCAUUAUCCUAUUUUUCAAGAAGAAGAUAUCCAUUACUUGCAUUUCCCGAAGCCUCAAACUUUUAGCAGGGAGGAAUGUGCUUGCAAUCCUGUUCGAUUUUUCGCGAUUUUUUCUAUGCAGAGAUCAGGAAGUGGAUGGUUUGAGACAUUGUUAAAUAGUCACAUGAAUGUGAGUUCUCAUGGAGAACUUUUUGGUGCUAAGUCAAGGAGGACUAAUGCUACAAUAAUAUUGGAUAUUAUGGAUAAAGUUUUCAAUCUUGAUUGGGUUAGCAGCUCAUCCAAGAAUGAGUGUUCAGCUGCAAUUGGAUUUAAGUGGAUGCUUAAUCAGGGAGCUUUGGAGUAUCAUGAGGAGAUUGUGGAUUACUUCAACCGAAGAGGUGUCUCUACAAUAUUUCUAUUCAGAAGAAAUCUACUACGCAGACUCAUCUCUCUACUUGCUAAUUCCUAUGACAAGGAUGUUAAACCACUGAAUGGAACACACAAAUCUCAUACCCAUUCUCCAUAUGAGGCUGAAGUAUUGGCAAAAUACAAGCCAGUGGUGAAUAUGUCAUUACUAAUACCAAAUUUGAGGCAUGCUCAGAGGAAGGCUGCUAGAGCUAUGGAAUACUUUAAGAGCACGCGACACAUUCUUCUUUACUAUGAAGACGUUGUCCAAAAUCGAACUAAACUAGCUGAUGUCCAAGAGUUUCUGGGGCUGCCUCAAAGAGAACUCAAAAGUGGUCAGGUUAAGAUUCACAAUGGUCCUCUGUCCCAACAAAUAGAGAAUUGGGAUGAUGUCCAAAAAAAGCUCCAGGGAACACCCUAUGAGACAUAUCUUAAAGAAGACUAACUAUACUACCAUAUACAGUAAUAUCAAAUACAACACAUUUGAUAGAAAAUUGGCUAUAGACUGGCUAUGGAGAUUCAGCGCGGUUAGAAAUUAAUACAGACACAAAGUGCUUCAACGGUUUUUGAUCUCUUAUGGACCGGACCUCUCAGUAUAAUUCAAACACAUAUGAAGUUCUGACUGUCUGUCGGAGGAAAAAGAAGAAACAGAUCUCAUGAGAUUCCAAGAAUUCCUACUCAAUUCGAUCUUGUAAAUUAACACCCUCAAUUAUCAAAUUUUGCGGAAGUCUUGUUUGUCACUUUGCUUAUACGACAUUUUUGUUUGUUGUCCCAUACAUCAUAUAUGAGAUAUUUGAAAGUUCAAUGAGGUACCAAGACCUCAAGAAUCUGCAACAAUUAGAUAUGGAA